AUGGAGAAAGAGAUGAAUCCCGAUCUCGACCCAGAAAGUAUUGCACCUACGCAAUCACAAGUUGGCGAGAUCUUCGACAGCAAACAGAUCCAGGAAGAUGCCGUCUUUGGAGAGAUCCAAGAGGGUGAUACAAACUACCGCGAUGUGAGCUGGAUGGGAACGACUGCUCUGAUGAUCAAAACACAAAUCGGCUUAGGCGUCCUUUCAAUGCCCAAAGUCUUCGAUACCCUCGGAAUAAUACCGGGAAUUAUCCUCCUUAUUGUCAUUGCCGGGAUGACAACAUGGUCGAACUGGAUGGUUGGCGUGUUCAAGUUACGCCAUCCUAGUGUCUACGGUAUCGACGAUGUGGGGAAAAUGCUUUUCGGACGAUUUGGUUUUGAGUUGUUUGGCGCAGCGUAUACUCUCUACUGGAUCUUUACCGGUGGUUCUGCCCUGCUCAGCAUCUCGAUUUCGUUCAACGCACUAUCCGACCAUGGUACCUGUACUGCUGUGUUUGUGGCUGUUGCUGCCAUCAUCGCAUUCAUGUUCUCGAGUAUACAAACACUUGCCCGGAUGAGUUGGUUAGCCUGGCUAGGUGCAGCAUGCAUCAUUAUUGCAGUCUUCAUCGUUACUAUCGCCGUCGGAAUCCAAGGCCAUCCUCCAGAGAUAGGAGGCGUUAUUCCCGAGGCCGACUACAGGUUGGUUGGCAACCCAAGCUUCGUUGAUGCCAUGACAGCCGUGUCCACGAUCUGUUUGACCUACGCCGGCACCCCGGCCUUUUUCAACAUCGUCUCAGAAAUGCGUGAUCCGGAACUCUAUAACCGAGCUUUGACUAUCUGCCAGAUCCUUGUCACUGUUAUCUAUAUUGUGGUAGGGACAGUCGUGUAUUAUUACUGUGGAUCCCAUGUUGCAUCGCCGGCUCUUGGUUCGGCUGGCGUUCUCGUCAAGAAGGUGGCUUAUGGAUUUGCUCUCCCGGGACUGUGCGCCUCGGCAAUUCUUCUUCUUCAUCUACCGGCUAAGCAUAUCUUCAUGCGUUUCCUUCGAGGAACUCGACAUCUAACGGGACAAACCAUGAUUCACUGGGUCACCUGGCUUGGCUCAACCUUUACCAUCGUCAUGAUCGCGUAUAUUGUCGCAAGCAGCAUCCCCGUCUUCAGUGAUCUUGUAUCACUUGUGGGAGCUCUACUGGCGACCAGUCUCUGCUUUCAGCCUAUGGGCUGUAUGUGGCUAUAUGACAAUUGGAGACCAGGCAAGCGAGACAAGUCUCUCGGAUGGUGCUUGAAGGUGGCUUGGUGUGUAUUUAUGAUUGUUUCUGGAUUCUUUCUGACCAUUGCUGGGACAUAUGCCUCUGUUGUCAGUAUCAAGAGGUCAUACCAGGAAUCGGGAGGGUCGUCUGCUUGGUCUUGUGCCAACAACGAUGUUUAA